AUAUUUGACUCAUAUUACCCUUGUUAUCAAUAAGCCUAGAUUAUUAUGCAAACUGAGUGAUAAAAAACAUCCUUUUAAUACUUACUACUGUUUUGUUUCAGAUUAUGGGCGCUUAGAAAGAUGACGUCAUAGAUACAGGGCAACAUGAAGCAUUUCAGACCAGAACGAAGUUGAUAAACCAAAUAUAAGCACUAUGAAACGAAAUGUACUAAAAUACAGCAAUAACAGAUAUGAUAGCAACAAACCUAAAAGGUUUGUGAUGCCCAGUUAAAAAGAUUUCACUAUGACCGAAUGGAGCACUGAACCGUCUUACAAUUUUACUGAAAGCGCAAACGCUUCUCGUCCACCAGACCCUAUCGAAGAUAAAGCUAUCCAAGCAGUUUUCUGCACAGCGUACACUCUAAUCUUCAUCAUAGGAAUCUUCGGAAAUGCCCUCGUGUGCUAUGCUGUCAUUAGAAACCGAGCCAUGCAAACGGUCACUAAUCUCUUCAUCACGAACCUUGCUUUGUCAGACAUAUUACUAUGCGUAUUUGCUGUACCAUUUACUCCCCUCUACACCUUCCUAGGUAGAUGGGUGUUUGGCGGUCUGCUAUGCCAUAUCAUGCCUUACGCUCAAGGCUGUAGCGUUUAUAUUUCCACUCUCACUUUAACUUCCAUAGCCAUAGAUAGAUUCUUCGUGAUAAUAUACCCGUUUAAACCGCGAAUGAAGAUUAACACCUGUAUUGCAUUAAUUAUUGGGAUAUGGGUUUUCGCUUUAACAGUAACAUUCCCAUACGGCUACUAUAUGGGUUUAGAAUAUAAUCCAGAUGCUGAAGAAAGCGAGAGAGAUAAUGCUUAUUGUGUGGAGAAAUGGCCUUCAGAUCAAAUUCGGAAAGCAUUUGGCGCCAUUACGACUAUAAUGCAAUUUGUGUUACCUUUCACCAUUAUGGCUUUUUGUUAUACAUGCGUUAGUGUUAAAUUAAAUGAUAGAUUAAAAUCAAGACCAGGGAGUAAGAAUAGUAAGAAGGAAGAUGCUGAAAGAGAAAGAAAAAGAAGAACGAAUAGAAUGUUAAUAGCAAUGGUAGCUAUCUUCGGUCUGUCUUGGCUACCGUUGAAUCUAACUAAUAUUAGCAGUGAUUUCUACUCAUUGACAGAGCAUUGGAGAUACUAUAUGGUAUUAUUCUUCUUUGCACAUUUCAUAGCAAUGUCUUCCACGUGCUAUAAUCCUUUUCUUUACGCUUGGUUGAACGAUAACUUCCGGAAAGAGUUUAAGCAAAUUCUUCCCUGCUUGGGAGUUUUAGUUAAGAAGCCUAAAAGAAAGUGCAACGCAUCUGAGAGAACGGAUAUGUUUCGAUCGGAAAAGACUUGCAACGGUAAUGAGAACACGAUACAAGAAUCUUUGUUGUCAACUGUAAAUAAAAUGCCUUCAGUUAGAUAUAAAAUGGAGUUUGAAGAUAAGAUGAAAGUGUAUGAGGACGAUGAAAAUAUAAGUCCUGAUGAGAAACCGGAGGACAAUCCGAGUCCGAGUGAAGACUGUGUUAAUAUGUAUAUGUUUGUAGAUAAAACUGUUACUACGUCAGAUAAGGAGCCCAUCGUGUCAGCGUUGUAGCUUCAAUG